CGUACCACCACCACCAAGACUCCUAAAAAAAACCAUAGUUUACCUGUUGUUAGUCCUGCUAGUUCCCCUAAUUCUCUUCAAGCCAUUUUUUCAAAACCCUCAAACGAUGCUGAGGAUAUUGCUUCAUUUUCAACUAAUUCUGAUCCUUCCACUCCUUCUGUUGAUGAAGCCAAUAAAGCUUGUGAACCUUUAUAUGAGCUUUCUAAUAAAGCUACUUAUGGAAGCUCUACAAACGGUGCUUCUACCAAUGGUUCUACUGUAAAUGUCUCUUCUGUAAAUGGCUCUUCUGUAAAUGGCUCUACUGAACCAAAAAAGAUUACCUUUGUUCGGAGUAUUCAGAAACUUUUAAUUCAUGAUUCAAAAUCUCCCGUUUCUUCUCCUGUUGGUUCUCCUGAAGAAGAAAAAGAAGAUUUCAAUUUCAAUGUUACUCCCGACGCUAGAACUAUGUUGAAAGAAAUUCUUCAUCCAAAAUUAGAACUUGAAGAAAAACAAACUCAACGUAGUGAUUCGGGUAGUGAUAGUGGUAAAACUGCUGAUCCAGAAUCCAUGCUAAUAAAAAAAUACGGUGUGUGUGAUAAGGGUUGUAUUGGUAAAGGUGCUACUGCCGUCGUUCGUCUUGCUCAUAAAUUUGAUAAGUCGGAUUGCGAAAAAAUUUAUGCUGUUAAGGAGUUUAGAAAGAGAAGAAAGAAUGAAUCUGAAAAAGACUAUGUAAAAAAAUUAACUAGUGAAUUCUGUAUAAGUUCUACGUUACAACAUGAAAAUGUUGUCAGAACAGUAGAUUUAGUUCAAGAUGAAAAUCAUAACUGGUGUGAAGUUAUGGAAUAUUGUGCUGGUGGUGACCUUUAUACUGCUAUUAAAGCUGGCCAUAUGACAAAUACAGAGAUAGAUUGUUGUUUUAAGCAACUUGUAAGAGGUGUUGGUUAUCUCCAUUCUAUGGGUGUUGCUCAUAGGGACAUAAAACCUGAAAACUUGUUGCUUGAUGCAAGUGGCAAUUUGAAAAUCACUGACUUUGGUGUAUCAGAU